UGUAACCUCGUGUAGGUUCUUGCUACCUGUGAAUUCUAUCUGCUCUCUGCACUCUGCUGAUCACAAAUUAAAUCACCGUCCAUUCCCCACAUUAUGUAGCAUCUCCUUGGUCACGAUCAGCCAGUUCAGUCUUCAAUUUAUUUGAGGGUCCAUCAAAUUUUAAAAUAUUUUUUUUUGCAUUUCGAUCCCCUUAACAAAUUUGUGAGAGCCAUAUUUUGUAUUUGAUUUGAUAGUCUUUGAAAGACUUUAUGCUUGAGGAUAGAAAAACUAUAGUAAAAAUGUUGGAGCCCCAAUUUUUGGAUAAGCCCAUUUUUGUGGCAGGGAGGGGUGGCUGGGGGCGUUAUAUCGCUAAGCCAAACCACUUCACGGGCUAUACACUUUGCUCCCGUUCUUCGAAGAACAAACUGGUCGACUUAUUGAAACCAGUGUCCUUGGCAGACCAAGGUGAAAUGAUGGAAUAUGUGAGAGAACUAAAGAGGAUGGAGAAGGGACGAGCCCCUUAUCGUGGUCGGUCCCCACAGAUUAGUAAGAGACUAGACGUAAUGCGUUAUAUCUCGGAGGUAUGUUCCUCCGAAGAAUAUGAAGAUGAAACACUAAUCCACUGUAUUUACUUGUACGAUCGAUUUUGCGAUGAACAUGAAAUCCACUUGGCCCAACUUUGCCUUGUUGCCUUAACUUGCUUGGUCAUUUCUGCAAAAAUUCAUGAGAACGAUUCACGCACUCCGGACAUACGAAAAAUUGUCCGACAUCUACCAGUAACAAUGACCAAUAAAGUAAAAAUGGUUGUAGCCAUGGAAAAAAUGGUGCUGACAUUUUUUAAAUUCAAAGUGAUCAUCCCCACGGAAGUGAAUUUCAUGGAUUGCUAUCACUGUUUCGUUUUGGAUGGCUUCGGAACCCCAAUUUUUUAUCUACUAUACAAGCAUGAGAAUAAGAAGCCUUACAACGGCACGGGGGCUGAAAUGAUGAGGGAGACGAACGCUCUCCUUCGUGAAGUAACCAAGUCUCUGGCGAUGCUUACACCUUCGCCGGCUGAUGGACGCUACAAUUGUUCCCUAAUUGCUGCAGCCAUACUGAUGUAUGUUAGAAAAAGGGUCAAGCUAAACUUUUGGACAGGACAGUUAUCACACAUCACCGGACAUUCAUACGAGGAUGUACUUCAUUGUUUAAAUUAUUUUGUUAAGCCGAUCCUUAACAUCAACAACUCAACGGGAGAUAGCCUAGAUGACCCAGUUUUCCUGAAUCUUUGAAGGAGUUUCGAUUACCUUAUAAAAUCCACCAAGUUAGAAGGAUGGCUAAUAUUUUGUAAGAUUUUCGCUUAGAAAUGUGUAAUGCUAUUUUGUAUAGUUUAGUGUGUUAUGAAGGAAGAUUAGAUUGUAAAUUAAAAUAGAAAUCUGUGAUUCUCAGAGGUAUUCCAUUGCUGGUCAGAGAAUUAAACUUAAAAGUAAACCACUUGUGUACUCAACUAAUAAUUAUAAUUCACGGAAUGCAAUCGACGAAUAUCUAUUUUACAAUUAAUUUUGCGUCGAUAAAUAUUUGAAAGAAGUUGGGCAUAAUUUAAACUUCAGAAAAAAAACAUGGAAAAAUGCAUAUGACAAGAUUUUCUAGUGAAUAAAUGUCUUUAUUCAGCAAUUUUAAUAAAAAGACUUUCAAUAACCUUAA